AUGCUUGCAAGUUCGUCAUCAGUGCUUGUUGAUGAAUUUGAUGAAAAUUCAAAUGAUAAACAUUUAUAUUCAUCGUCCUUCAGUGGUACAACAUCCAACUAUCAUUCAUCGUUCAUGGAUGAUUUUUGCGAGCAAGUCGUCAAAGAUGAAGACUUUCCCUCAGAUGAUCAACUAGAAGCCACCUCAACGAGUAACUGUCGAACGACUGUUGAAUAUGAUCCCAGAUUAGCCCUACUGAUCGAAAAAGAACUUGGUCUUAAGGAUGCGCAAACGUCAAGGAAGAAUGCGUGGGGAAAUUUAUCGUACGCCGAACUGAUUGCAAAAGCCAUUGAAAAUAGUCAAGAUAAACGUUUAACACUUUCACAAAUCUAUUCAUGGAUGAUUCAAUAUGUACCCUAUUUUCGAGAUAAAGGAGAUCGAAAAAGUA